AUGUCUCUUCAUCUCAUUACAGGUUGCCCAUUCUACUUCAGCAAGGGUCAGCGUAAAUCGAUUAAACUGAACUAUCUGGGUCACAGUUAUGUGAAGUUCAUGGAGAAUAGUCGCGGCACCAAAUGGAUUUGUGCCACUCGCUCCACGACCAAGUGUCGGGCGCGUGUGCGCACCAAGGAUGCAGCAAUUGAGAUACUCCAUGGGGCGCAUAAUCACGAGGAGGCCAAAAGACGACGCGAACGCAUCAAGAAACCCAUCGAUUAAAGACACUCAA